GACAGACAGACUCACUUCAUCGGCUAUCACAAGACCAGCGCUGUCUCCAACACGCUCCAAAAUAUCUGUGGCAUUUUUUUAAUGUUGUUAAAACUUUGUUGAGAUAAGUUUAAUCAGACACGUCAUACAGACGGGUGUUGGAUAGAAACCCUUUAGAGCCCUGAUAAAUCACCGUGUUUUGGUGUCAAGAAGUUUCGAGCGCAGUUCAUCCACGAUGUCCGCCAACACACAGCAGAGCAAGAGCUGCCCCAUUCCCACGCGCGUGCUGCACCUCAAAGACUGGUCUCAGCUCCCGGACUGCUACAGUCAGACCCCUGGAGGAACACUCUUCUCCACCACUCCUGGGGGAACUCGGAUCAUUUAUGACAGAAAGUUCCUCCUGGACUGUAGGAACUCUCCCAUUGCCCGGACCCCACCCUGUUGUUUGCCCCAGAUUCCUGGAGUGACCAUUCCUUCACACCACCCAAUGUCCAAACUACAGGAACUCAAAGAGGAGUUGGAGGAGGAGAAGGAUCUGGCAGCUGAUGACAACCAGUUUGAGAUGGACAUUUGAGUCUUUCAUCUACCUCCUGUGGAGAGCUCUCUAUUUUAUCUGUCGGGAUGAUGCUACUUACCUCACAAUCAGCGGACAUCACACACUCAGCAGAUUAAUGGGCUUUUUAAUGAGCUAAACACCCAAAGGGUGUCUUUUUCUUUUGAUUAAAAGUAUAUGUUCAACGUUUACCAGAAAAAAACAUGAUUGUUUGUAAGUGGUGGGAUUUUAAAGGUCUUUAUUGUACAUAUGGUACUUUCUACUUUUUUUUUUUUUUUUAAGAAAAUGUAGCAUUAUGUGUAAGCCAGGACAAAACCAUGGCAAAAUCUCUCAUUUCUGAGCAUUAUAUCUCAGCAAACAUUGUUGAUUGUUUAAUGGUAUAGGACGAUUAAAUGCCAAAUGAAUGUCUGUUUUAUAUGUUUGGUGUUUCGCCUGGAAAAGCACAUGAGAGCAUAGAUGUACACCACCGUGUCCCCUCAGGGUUUUCCUGGUGUUUCAUUUACCUGGAUUUCCUCAGGUUUUAUUAUUUUGAUUGAAAUAAAAAAAAAAAAAGAGAAAA